GCGUUCGUCAAUCCGCGGUUGGCUUUGUCCGUGUACGGUGGUUGGUCGUGUCGAGUUUCAUGCAGGCAUCGCGAUAGAACCGUCCGAAUAGGUCAUCGAAAGGGCCAACAGUUGUGCUUUUUUUUUGUGGUGCAGUAGUUGUUUAGCAAAAAAAAAAAAACGGCGAAACAGCUCCAGUGGGGUUAUGCAGUGCAUGUGAGUGAAUUAGUGAAUAGUAGCAGUAACUGCAUCAUCAUCGUCAUAAGCCACGUAACCACCGUUCAGCUGUGCUAGCGGAGUGAAUCAUGUGAUCGUGUGAUUGAUGAUCGUUUUGCAUAUCGCGGAGUGUGUGUUGUUAGAAUUAAUUUCCUAAUAGCGAAAACAAAAACCCAGCUUGAGAGAAGCUUGAGUGUCCAAAAAACAGACGAGGUCGCAGGCAUGUUGGGGAUAAGCAAGAAACCGGGUCCUCCGGUACCACCGCGACCCAGUGCGGCGGCCGUCGCUACGGCCCUUGCCAAACAGCGUGAGAACUCUCCCUCGCCGAACGGAGGGACGCGGGGAUGCAAUGGGAGUGGUGGGAUGGUCGGUAUGGCGACGCUUAAGCCACCCCAUCCAGGCCGUACCGUAGUGUACAAGUCGCCGGAUUUCGAUCCACCGCAGGCAAGAAAUCGCUCCAACCUGUCGACGUUUGGAGGAUCGGUCCCGGAGCAGCUGCAAGGAUCUCCGAAUCCAAGCGCUAAGCGUAACGCGAUCUAUCACGACAGUCCCGGCCAGAGUCCGGUCGCUAUGGAGAGAAAACUGCUUACGCCAACCUCUGGUGGGGUGAUGUAUCGAUCCACCUGUAGCAUAGUGGAGAUCAACACUAGUCCGAGUACUUCGGGAUCGAGCUCGGUAUCAACCUCACCGGUAGCGACACUCCAGAAACAGUCCGCAGAUCAAAAGUCGUCCAAACUGCAGAAAGACUCUCUAGGUGAGGUGGCCCCAGUAGCUCGAAGGCGUAUGCGUAACGGUGACUCACACUCGAGCGAAGGAUGUCCGGAGUCGUCCGAGGUGAUCAUCAUCAACGGUGGUAAGCACGGGAGCAGCAUCAGCCUGAUGAGCGGUGCCCCAUCCUUGGAGAGUGCCGCCGAGAAUGGACGUGGGAAGGCUCUGAGCGAGUGUGACAGCGGUACGGAGCGUGGCGAUAGUUCCGGAUCUUGCGCAUCCGCCGGAAGCACGCUGGAGCGGGAGAACAAUGCGAAGAAUCUGGUGGAAGGCAGUAGUGCUAAGAGUAGUCACUUUACGGAAAUCAUUAUCGGCUCGAACCAGAGCAGCACGGUGGUAAGGAGCGGCAGUAAACCGAAUAUCGCUACCACCGCGAACAGUGUGAUACGAUCGAACUCGAUCCGAGUGCCAAUCAAGGCAGCUGGUGCAGGAACGGCUACACCACUGUACCAUCGUCCCGAACCGGAAGGUGGUGAGCAUGUGCAACCGUCGAGUGAUCAUCGGACGACGGGAGCGGGUGUCACUACCGGGGCAAGCGUUACGAAAUCUCAAUCAACCACAACGCUCGAUCCGGCCACACUCGAUUCGAAGCUAAGCGAGAAGAAGAUCGCCUUUCACGAGCUACUAAUAUCGGAGCUGACUGCCAUGCGCCAGAAGCAGCAGCAGAAGGAUCAAGAUCAUCCAGAUCGUCAGAAAGCGACACAUGCAGUGCAGCAGGAAAGCAGUCUCAAAGGUGACGAACCAACAAUGGCGGUCGAUCUGGCGAAGAUUAACCGCCGGCAGCGGAUUCCUUCCGAGCGGCGUUCGUCCGGCAGCGAGACGGAAACGACCCCGAACGGAACCGCCACAAGACUGCCGAAGAUUCGUACCGCCGACUGGAUCGAGGUGGGCGAUAACGGGAAGCAGGUGGUGCUGUCCAGCUGUCAAAUCAGCCUGGAAGAUUCGGGCAUGGAGGACGAGGAGAAGCUGGACGAUGCGUCGUCCGGGGUCGGCGAUUCGUGGGACAGCGUAAAGGAAGAUGCAGAAGAACGCAUCAUUAUGUCACUCCCCGGACUUCCCCCGUUGCCCAAGAGCCUCAGUGGCUUCGAUCUCGCCGGCAUCCAGUUCCAGUCACACCAUCAGCACCACCACCAUCAACACCCAGCAUCCCAACAGCACAAUCCACACUAUCCUCCGACGCAUCAUCAGCAGCAACAGUCGGCGACGAUACAGUCCGCCCAUCAUCACCAUCAAAUGCAACCGCAGUCCUUCCACGGGACGUCACCACACCCGUCCAGUCUGCCACCGUCCUCCCAGUCACCUGCCGCCGGAGUGCUGAACCACCAUCACACGAAUCCUUUCAUACCGAUCGGAUCGGGUCUGAUGCACGGGGGGGACAGUUUGGCAUCGCUCGAAAGUCAGCAGCGAGGACACUCGCCCGUUAGCAGUACCCUGUCGGGUGGGAGCAGCGGAGGUAGGAAGGCAUCGCCCCAACCUCCAGGAUCGGGACCGGCGUCAACUUCUACGCUGGACACGCAGCUUGCUAUCCUGCGACGAGAAAUGGUGAGUGUUGCUUUUUUGGCUGGAGACAAUCUGAAUAUUGGCCCGGUUUUAGAGGAUCGUUACGUGAGUGGAAGCUUUUAAGCAUGUUACUGUGAAGCGAUACACCAAACCAGAACGAAGAUUUUGGGUCCCAACAGCAAUUAGUACACGACGUGAAGAGGGGUGAAAUAUCUCGACAUUAUUUGUUGGACCAAAUAAGGAAGCAUCAUCGAUUCUGGUUUGCAAUUGCGUAACGACUACCCGUCGUAUCAGCAUCAAACCAUUGGCCACCGGUAUUUGUUGUACGCUGGUGAUCAGUGAUCCAGAUCGACUAUCACGGUGGGCCCAGCUAUUGAUGGUGGUAUGGUUUUAUGAUCGUUUUCCUUCCGCAUUUCUACGCUCCGGAGCGGUGUUUAGAUGCGGCCUGAUAGGAGAUCAGCGAUAAAUGCGGAGAAAACAAUAAAAUCAUUAUCCUAUCAUCGGCGCACCGGGAUCGAUAGGCAGGACACGCGAACACCAGCUAAUGCUGGAACGUUUUGGAAACGACGUUGUUUGUUCGCCGUGUUUUACAACACCAAAACCGAUCCCUAAUAGCGAGCUAGUUGUGUGACGCUUAAUUCUACCCAUGUUCAAUCGAUUGCAGCACGAUCGCCGAGGAACUGGGAACACCGAUCAAUAUCGUUGCAUUAAAUGGAUCAAGCUUCGAUUGUUGUCGGUCGCUAACGAACCCACCACCACCACCGGAGGUUCGGUUUGUCCUUCUGCUCUCCUGCACUGACACGGUAGGCAGCUUUCCAGUGCACUAAUCCAUUACCCUUGCUGGAGGUUUACUUCUGCAACCGAAUGCACACACCACCACACUUUCACCCGCGUUUUGCGGACGCGCGAAAGCAUAGCGUGAACAAAAGGAAGAAAUGAUAUAGAAUUGGAGGAGGAGGAGGGAAAAAGCAACAACAACGGUGUACACGGGUGGCCUCCUCCAACAAUGAUAUGAUGUCAGCGUACCAACACCCUGCUAGCAGGGGGAGAAAUGCAGGAUUUGGUGCGAUUGUUGGCGCGUGCAAAAUAAUAAUAAACGUCGUGGUACACGCUCCACGAGCGAACCGGAUUAGAAACAACUGUUGGGCGGAUGUUUUUUUUUCUAUAUUUUAAAAUGCAGAUGCGACCGGGAAUCGCGCCCGCAGCACAGCAAGUGUAGCGCGUGCACGAAGAAAGUUCAAGGGAAAGGGAAACGGUGAUCAUUGUGUGUUUUUCUAUUUCGAUUUGGAAAACAAAACCAGUGCACCACCGAGGGAGAGAAUUCAGGGCCAGAGGCUAGGCUUUUACAACAUGACCUGGGUUGACUCAUCAUAUGCAAAUGCAGGGCUUUUUUUUACUUCUCUCUGGUGCGUUGAGGGAUGCACAGUGAGUGAGUAAUUCGUUUGCGUUUGAUUUGUGAUGAUUAGAGGGUAGUUGGCGAUCAGGUGCAGAAAGUGCAUAGAAUGAUUGUGUAAGCUGUAAACUCACCAGCGACAUUGUAGUGUGCUAUCUGCCAUCGCUGUUGUCGAAGCUGAAGUCAUUCCUUCCUGAUGAUGUAAUAUCCAGAUAAGUUAGAAAAAGCGGGAGAGAGAGAGAGAGCGAGAGACAUGCAAAUCGUCAAUGAGCGUUGAAAAGCGGUGACAAUAUCGGUGGGCAAAUCUGGUGCCCUUAACGACUUAGGGCCUAGAUAUUUCUAUAGCGCUCAUACUGUAGCCGUAACACGGAGUUUAUGUCACCGAAGUACAGAGGCACAUCAGUGGUGGCUGUUGUUGUUGUUGCCGGUCGCUAUCAAUUAGCAUCCCGGAGCGAAGGGAAAAAAAACGCGAAGACCGAUCGCAAGUAGGAAAAAUGGUCUUACACGAAACCACGUCGGCAGUAAUUAACUUACCACCGAGGUUGUCUGGCUGUAGGGAGGGAAAUGUUGGCAUCGCAGCACACAAACACACGGCCGUUACGACGAGUGUGCGGCCGUCGUAAUUGAUG